UAUCAUCUACCCUCAAAUACGACACCGCUAGCCAUUGGUAUCAAUCUAUACAAGAGAAAUCCCUUCAAAUUCGUAAGUUAUCCUGAUUCUCCAACAAUGCUAGCUACAGAUUUACCUGAUAACAUUGACGACCAUGAUGGCAACGACAACAAUGACAAAAGCGAUGAUCGCAACAACAGUGACAGCAACAGCGGCAGCGACGAUAGCAACAGCAGUAUCUAUAAAAAUGAUAAAAACAACAACAGUAAGAAAGACAGAUCUAAAAAGCGGAAACUUAAUGACACAGUUAUACCAUUCUGCAAGGAGCGUCUGUUGAACCUUAUGAGAGAAAUUGCUACUGAGGAAAAUCCUUUGAACGAUAAUUGUUAUACCAAACAAUUCCUAACUGCAGAAAAGCAAUACCAGUUAAUGUGCAGUGUGUUCCCGCAUCUUCCAAACCAUUGUAGCCAAAGCCAACUUCAAUAUUGGAUUGGAAAGGCAAAGAUCUGGGGAAAAUCAGGACGCUCACGGGAGUUUGGGCGAAAACUUGGACGAACCUUAUGGGUGGUUGAUGAACAGUUAAGGGCGUUUAUGACAGAUACUUCCGACACUGUCAAGACAUACUGGAAAUAUUUGGAGCAUGAUACCAAAUGCGGAACAAUUGGCUAUGCACGUAAAUCACCAUAUGACGAGUCCAAAGAGUCCCGAAUACGUUUAUUACAGCUAAUGGUCAGCAAACUGUACCUCCGCGGAAAGUGCGAAAAAGUAUUCGUGAGUCCCAUUUGCAAAGCAGAUCAACCAAUAUUAGAAAGAGAUUCGCCAAAGCAAAACGAUUUACUGCUAAAUUUAAGAGGAUCGCAUGGUGAUAUUUCAGAUUUGGUUGCACACGUCCAUUUCAGUCAAAAACCUUUCCGCCUUGUAAUCAUUGACUACGCCGGGCUUUCAACGUCACCAGAUGAUAUUGGGGUUUUUUUGGAACAAUGCAGCAAUAUCGAAGAAGUUGUUGUAGACCAUGGCUCUUCGUUUGAGAUCUUGUCACGUUUUGUUCUCUUAGAAAAGAAUGGUCUGGAAAAAUUCAAUUCCGACAAGCCAACGUUAAACGAUCGAAGUGAUUUGCAAUCCAAAUUUGAUAAUGUAAUGCCAGAUUGAUCUUUGGCAAAUUGAAAAGUAGGAAAAUAAACACAUUUGUAUCCUCAAUACUUAAUAUACUUAUUUAUGCUAUCGCGUGUGUGAAUGGUGGAUUAUCCAUGGCUUUAUAAUGGCCUUCCAUAAACUACAUACAGAAAAUUGCCCGGGGCAGCUCGAUUUCUUGAGAAUAGAGCGAUGCAUAGUGUCGGUCAGGGUGCCGUAGUGGGCAAAAAAGCAUAACUAUCUAAAUGGGGGGAGGGGAAGGG